ACUGUUCUUCUUUGGAAGAUUCAAAGCAGAUCCGACAUUUGGGCAAAGUCCUUGGAAAAGGAAGCUCAACCAUAUUCAAUACCUUGGACAAAACACAAACACAAAAACACACACAAGUGGUGUAGAUCUAGAAUCAAAUUAGCACUGCCUUUUCUUGUGCAUGCAUGUUAAUUGAAGAAAAAAAUAUUUUAAUUGGUGAAAACAUCGAUUGAAAAGAUGAGCAAGAAGCACGUCGUGAAAUUGGACGAAGAACAAAUCGCGGAGUUGCGAGAGAUAUUCCGUACCUUCGAUCGGAACAACGACGGGAGUCUCACGCAGUUGGAGCUGAGUUCGCUUCUCCGAUCGUUAGGUCUGAAGCCAAGUCCAGACCAAUUGGAGGUGUUUAUCCAGAGAGCGGACACGAACAACAACGGCCUGGUGGAGUUCUCCGAGUUCGUGGCGCUGGUGGCGCCGGAGCUGCUUCCGGCGAAAUCGCCCUACACGGAGGAGCAGCUGCGGCAGCUGUUCCGAAUGUUCGACCGCGACGGAAACGGCUUCAUCACCGCGGCGGAGCUGGCUCACUCCAUGGCGAAGCUGGGCCACGCUCUCACGGCGGAGGAGCUGACCGGGAUGAUCAGAGAGGCUGACACCGACGGCGAUGGGAUGAUCAACUUUCAGGAGUUCUCUCAUGCUAUUACUUCUGCCGCUUUUGAUAAUUCCUGGCCUUGACAGUUUUCUCUCUAGGACUUAAUAAACUCACUUAGAUUCCCAACAAUUUCUUCUUCAAGGAUGAGAGUCGUUUUCACAUUGAUACACUUCCCCUUGUGCAAAAGGAUUCUCAACCAUGAAUAGCCAUUUUGUACCGUCGUUCAUCUUUCCUAAACCCUUUGUCAAGAAAACAUUCGAUACAGGGAUCAUACUAAACUCGUAUGAGUCGCCGAUCAUCAAGACUAACCUUCAGUUCUGAUAUCAUUGAAUUGGUCUUUUAGGGGAGGAGGCUCACUAAGAAGACACAACACCAACAAGGCUAGAGUCCAACCACAUAUUGACAUCACCUCCAAUUUAAAACUUUAAGACAGUGAAUU